AUGCGGGAGAUGGACAUUCAAGACGAUGAGCAAAACAUGAACAAGGUGAAUGCAGGAGCCAACAUUUCGACAAGUGGACUUGUCUUCUUCAAGGCGACGUACGCUUUCCUCGCCACAGUAUAUACAGUUGUUGUUUUCUUCGAACUGCCGACAUUGAGCGUCUACAACACAUUAAUAAUAGGAAGCGAAUACGACUACAUAAUUGUGGGUGCAGGGUCAGCCGGCUGCGCUUUGGCCAAUAGGCUCUCAGCGGAUGGUAGCAAGACGGUCCUCCUCCUAGAAGCCGGUGGCCUGGAAGAUGAAGCUGCACAGGUGCCCUUUUUCGCGCCGUUGCUUCAGCGCACAUCACUCGACUGGAGUUACACCAGUGUGCCACAGCAGAACAGCAGCUAUCUUUACGAUGGCAACGUCAACCGGUUUCCCCGAGGAAAAGUCUUGGGAGGCUCCAGUUCCAUCAACUACAUUAUUUACUCCCGAGGGGACAAACGAGACUAUGACACCUGGAAUUCCACAUACGGCGCUACAGGAUGGUCCUACGACGAGGUGCUUCCAUACUUCGUGAACCUUGAGAGGUCGUACCUAGGAUAUAAUACCGCAUAUCGUGGAUCAAGUGGAGAGGUUCCCGUCACCUUUCCCACGUCGCGUACAGUGGCCAGUGAUGUAUUUUUGGAAGCUGGACAAGAACUUGGGUACGAUCAGGGCGACUACAACAGUGGGAACUAG